GAGCCGACGACGUCCUCCGCGUCGUCCCCGCUGAGCGACGACGAGGAGACGCUCCUCCGCAGGUACUACGAGGUGAAGAUCCAAAACGUCUGCGCCGCGUAUUCACUCCCGACGAAGGUGCAGACGACCGCGCUGCUCCUGUUCAAGCGGUUCCUCCUCGGGACGUCGCUGCUGUCGCACAACCUGAAGAUCAUGUUACUCACCGCCGUGUACGUCGCGUGUAAGGUGGAGGAGAACUACGUCUCCGCGGAGGAGCUCGGACGCGGGAUGAAAGAGGACGCGUCUCGGGUGCUGUCCGCGGAGGUGACGCUCCUGUCCGGGGUGAACUUCCAGCUCGUGACGUACUCGCCGUACCGCGCCGUGGAGGGGUUCAGAGCGGACGUCGAAGAGAAGGUCGCGUCGGGGGAGGUGAAGGGAAGCGUCGCGAAGGAAGAGCUCGACGCGUGCGUCGCCGCGGCGCAUAAGAUCACGGAGAAGCAGAUGCGGACGGACGCGCCGUUGAUGUUCUCCCCGGGGAAGCUCGCGCUG